AUAAAAGAAAUAUAAUAUAAUUUAUAUUUUACUUGGCUCAAGUUGGUUGAAAAAAUCGUCAAAAUUACGGAAAAAAAGUUUAAUUCUAAAAUGCCGCCUGCAUCGGGGUCAAAUAACACCACGAAUGCGGCGGUACAAGCUGCUGCGAAAGCAGAGCGCGAAGAAAAACUUCGCGGAGCUCUAAAAUCAUUUAUUCACAAGGAAAGGCAGCGAAAAAAAGAGGAAUUUGAAGCCAAAUUAGAAGAAGAUCGCUUGCGGAAAGAACGUGAGGCUCGAGAACGUCAGAAUGACAUGACAUUAGAAGAGACUCGUGGCCAGAUUUCCAAGUUAGAGCAAAAGUUGGAAGAGUUGCACAAUCAGAAACAGCAAUUGUUCUUGCAAUUGAAAAAAGUUCUAAAUGAAGAUGAAAAUCGUAAGAAACAACAAAAGGACAAUGAAAUGUAUGCUAUGCAGGCUUUACAAGCACAGCAGGCAAGUGCACCGCAACCACAGGUAUUUUUACCACCAGUCAGAGUACAACAUCAUCAAAUGCCGAUAUUGACAAAGCCUCCAAAUAAUGCUCCCGUAAAAAGAGGACGAAGCCCUUCACCCACCCAACAGGGAUACUACAAAACAACAAAUUAUUCACAGCCAAAACAUGAAGAAGUACGUCGCGGUGCUGACUCUGCGAGAGUUUUAUGGAAUAAACCGCAUACACAAUAUCAGACUCCGGGAACAUUAUUUUAUCAAACGACGAGUAAUGCGCCUCCACCACAACCUCCGCCGGAUGCCAGAGGCCCAGCAAUUAUAUAUGCACACUAUAAUUUACCACUUCGACAGGGUUAUCAUUUGGAGUUACCUCCUACAUCUUCAGUGCCCGUUCCGAAAUCGGAUGUACCAGGACAGAAGCCCACGCAAGUGUAUCAUAUAAACUUGGAUCAGCCCCCAAUUUCUCAGUCUGGUGGGAGCGGAGUUGGUGGCGUAUCAAGUGUGCAAUCGCAGAAACCACAAAUAACUAUGGAAAAAAUAUCUGAUCGUUAUCACGUUGAAGUGAAACACGACGGACCCCCAACACAUGGUGGACCACCACCGCAUCAACUGCCCGAGGGUGUUGUAUACACUCCCCUAAUACCCAAUAUGCCUUUACAUCCCAAUGUUAUGCAAAUAAGUGGUGGCCCACAACAGGUAUAUAAUCCGAAACCUGGCACGAGUAUUGCUCAGGGUUAUGUUCCAGGCCGAGGUUCGGCUGGUCAUGAUCCCCAACAGCUUUCGCGCCAACAAAUCACUGUUAUGUCGGGACAACCUGGACAACAGCCACAACAACCAUUACAUUAUCCUCGUCGUAUGUUUUAAUUAAACCUGAAAAUGUCACCAUACCUUGUAGAACUUAGAGAAUUAAGUUAGCUUUAAAUUGUCAAUGCAUUAAAAUGUAAUUAAAUAUUUAGUCUGUUCAGAAACAAAACACUAUUACUAAUUAUUACCAAAUUUGACAAGUUUUGGAGAACGUGAACGCCAAAGUAUAACGUGAACCAUUUUCGAUGAUCAUUUGUUGUAAUACGUAAUAGUGUUUAGUUACUGAACAGACAGACAUAUUUUAUUCAAAUAUUUUUUAAUUUUUUUUUCAAAUAAAAUAAUUGUUUUAAAAUAAUUCAAAA